UAUAUCUGUUUUGUGAUCCUUUACGUUUACGUGUUGUGACUUUAACCUAACAUUAUUUUGAGAAACAUUUCAAAAUAAAAUAGAUUAGUUGAAUAAAAAUUUGUAUGUAGGAAAGUGCAAACAUGUUCAGGACUUGUUCACAACGCCAUAUAUGGAAAUUUAGAAGGCUAGAGAUUCUUAUUAAGAUCCAAAAUACUUAUUUCACCAGCACAAGUUACUUUACAGACAAGACAUCCUCAAACUUUGAACAUGAUCGUGGUGGAUUUAUACCAUUUCUACAGAACGUUAACUUGAGAAGAGCUGAAGCUAAGCGAAGUUUACUGGUGCAAGUGCAGUCACCACAAUCUUAUAAGGAACUAAACAGUUAUUGCAGCAUUUUUGGUACAGUGAAGCAAAUGUUUCAUUAUAGUGUAGGAGUCGAGCCACUGCAUUUCAUUCUUGUCGAAUUUGAGGAACAAUCUGAAGUCCAAAAUCUCCUGAAAAAUACCUCGUAUGUUGACGAAACACUAAUUGUUCCAACAUAUUCACACUUUCUAUGGUUCAAGGCCCAAAACAAGAAGUCUCCGAAGGUGAGACAAAUCGAUGGCGCUGUUUUGUCUAUCGAAAAUGGAACUAGGAUUUUAAGUGACCACGAAAUCAUUAGUUCACUGAGACAGUGUGAAAAUAUAUCAGAACAAAUGAAGUUACUGUAUUCGUUAACCAAAUUGAAUUACCUGGGCUCGAGGCUGAGGUAUCUCACAGUGUUACAAAUAGAUAAUAUGGUAUCAGGAAUGUUCCCGCAUGCUCAAGCUUAUCCGUUUGGUUCUAGUGUAAAUGGUUAUGGAAAAAUGGGAUGUGAUUUAGAUCUAGUUCUAAGGCUUGUUGAUAAAAAGAGUUCCGAAGAGAGCAGACUGAUGUUCCAUUGCAAGGUUUCCAAUGGGUCGGAGAGAUCUACAAACCAACGGCAUAUAGAAGCAUUUGGUGACAUGAUUCACUUGUUUCUUCCUGGAUGUGUACAAGUAAGAAGGAUAGUGCAGGCUAGAAUUCCUAUUAUAAAAUAUCACCAACAGCUGACUGAUGUGGAAUGUGAUUUAUCGAUAGGAAAUAUGUAAGUUCCUUUUUGCAUCAUAAAAUUAACCCUCUCUUACUUCCUUUUACUUCUCAUGCCAAUACGACACGGCAGUAUUGUAAUCGUAAAAAAAAAAUUGAAAUCAACUUAUGUUUCUCGGAUGUUACACGUAGUGUAACCUCGGAACUCUUUUGACUGAAUAGCUUUUUGAGAUAAUUAGUGGAAUGUGUUAAAAUA